CGUCAAAAAGGAAGAGAUAAUCAAUGGAAAGUCACCAUUUGUACGUAUAUACCAUUGGUUGAUGGGCUAUUCUUUUGUUCAUCCAAAAUUUGGGUGUUAAUUUUAUAGCGAUGAAUUUACUAAUUAAUCUUAAUUUUCUAAUAAUUAUAUCAUCUUACACUUUUCUAGUUAAUUGUUCAACACUAUCAAGACCUGAAGUAACCACAGAAUGGGGAAAAAUCACCGGAUUCACCGAGCGAAUCGGUGAUAAAUUGGUUGACACCUAUCUAAGUAUUCCCUAUGCCGAACCACCGGUGGGCCCUAAUCGUUUCAAGCCCACUGUCCCUCUUCAAACUCCAUGGGAUGAUCCCCUUGAUGCAACUGAAUAUUCACCGGCUUGUCCCGAACCCUAUGUUGGUAAUGAUAUGAAAAGAGCCGGUAAACUGAUUGUUCGAAGUGAAGAUUGUCUCUAUCUAAAUGUUUGGAUUCCCCAAAGAUCAUCAACCAAUUCAAGUUGGCUUGAUUUAACUCGAUCAUCGGCCAAUAAAAUGGUUGAUUCUAAACAAGGACUUCCGGUAAUGGUUUAUGCUCAUGGAGGUGGUUUGGUUAUGUUAUCUGCUGGUGAUUCUAAAUUCAUGGAUGGAGCUCAAUUAGCUUCCACCGGUGAGUUUAUCGUGGUAACGUUCAACUUUCGCCUUGGGGCUUUAGGUUGGCUUUAUUGUGACGACUCAUCGAUUUCGGGUAACAUGGGUCUUUAUGAUUCCCUGAUGGCCAUUGAUUGGGUUUACAAUAAUAUCCACGCCUUUGGUGGUGAUCCUAAACGGUUAACUGUAAAUGGCCUUAGUUCCGGUGGUAAUAUGGUUACUUCACUUUUCCUUAACGGUCUCUUGAAUCCCUACAUUUCGAGCUUAAUUGUUCACUCUGGAGUGAUUAGUGAUAUUUAUACUGAGCCAACUGACCUGGCAAAACGGCGAUGUGACCUUAUCUCAUUGAAUCUUUCAUGUCGAUUACCUGAUCAACCUGUUGAUUCAAAAGUAAUCAACUGUCUUCAAAACACACCAACGGUACGACUUUUAAUGGCUCAAUCAGCUUUGGCCAUGGAAAAGGAUAAAUUGAACACUAAAAGGCCCGAAAUAUUUUUCGUUACCACCGGCGAUUCUUUAAUUCCUCAUAAUAUAACAACUCUUUAUAAACUUCGUAAAUGGUCAAAAUCAGUUCCGAUUUUCGUCUCUCUGGUUACCGAUGAAGCUUCGGUGAUUGAACAUCAUUUACCACGAAAGGGAGUUGCGACCUUUGGCUCGUAUGAGAAUUAUCUUCUCUCCGUAGCACCAACUUUACUCCCAGAACGAUUUUCCGUUUCACCCAAAACCGUGGCCUCUGAUCUGUCCAAGGUUUACCUUUCUGGUUUCAAGGAAUCCUCUCUAGCUUUUAUGGACUUGUCAAUGAGACGAAUGGUCGGUGAUUGGUAUAUUACUUGUCCCACUCUUCAUUUUGCCGACGAAAUGUCCUCAACUAAUCCCGUUUGGUUAUCACUUUUUAGUUAUACAAUUAAUCCUGCAAGGAAAAAUUUACCUCCAUUGGUCGCAGGUCGUAAAUACGGAACCCGACAUGGAAUUGAUAUCUUCUUCUACUUCGGUGUUCCUCAUUACGAAGGCCAUGGCUAUGAUGAUAAAGAUCGUUCAGUAUCAACGAAUGCAAUGUUAAUUUGGUCGAGAUUUGUUCGUGAAGGUUACGCUAAUUGGACUCCUUAUCAAGUGACCUCCAAAGGUCGAGUAAUACCUUACAUUAAGGAAUUGAAUUCCAACAGAGCUAUAAUUACACGAAUUAAUCCCGAUCGUUAUCGUUGUUACGUUUGGGACGAUCUCUUCUAUAAUUCUGAUAACGAUCAAGAAAUUUAGUUAAUAACCUUUUAAAUUUUCAUUCUCUAACAUUCAAACCUCUCUUUCCUUUGAUUUAAUUGUCAAAUGAUGGAAACUGAUUUAAUCAAAAGCAAUUAACUUUCAAGGUUUAUUAACAAUCUUGCAUCAAAUCCUAAUAACAAUCACUUAUUACUUUUUACUGAAUGGUAAAAGUUUCCAAUUAAAUUGUAAUCACUCUCAAAUUGAUACAUUUAAUUGCUAUUUAAAUUAUAAGAAUUGACAAUCACAAUUGACUAAAUCUUUUGAUUACUGUAACUAUUUAAACUGGAUUAGUUUCACAGGAUUUAAUCACUAUUCAUCUAUCCCUUUAACUAAUAUUAAUAUUGUAAAAAAUAUUGAAUCUUAUGGUAAACAAUUAAGAGAAAUCACCUUAAUUGUUUGGCCAUUCAAUAAUGAAAAUAGACCAUUUUCAUUAAAUGUUAAUUGUUGUGAACUUUGAAAAUUGAUCAAAUCAGUUCACUUGAAAUCUGAUAAUUAACUAUGCUCAUCUUUUUGAUUGAAUAAUAAUCAAUAAUAAAUAAAAUUGUGUAAUAAGGAAACAAUUAAAA